AUGGACCGUUCCAGUUUGAUGGUGCAUGUCCAGCAGGUAGAGGACAGCCGCAAGAAGAGAGGUGUUCGUGAUGUUAGGAGGCCUAGGACUCAAGAUCAGGCAGGUCCCAGCCAUAGAGGCCACGGAAACAAUUUUGUUAUCCGUGAGCAGCCCAGGUUCAGCAAGGGGCAACAGAUUUUGGGAAUUCUAACUCUCAGAGGAGUACAUCACAUAGAGGAGGCAAACUUGAACCCAAGAGGGGCAAUGGCGUUGAGAGUGCAAAAGGGCACUAAUGCCUGCUUUGGUUGUGGUAAGAGUGGACACAUGGUCAGAGACUGUCCACAAAACAGAGGUCAGGCUGGAGGUAACGCUCAGACUAGGCCUAACCCACAGAGUGAAGCAGCAGCCGAGCCUCCCAAGAGGAACAGAUUCUAUGACAUGAAGGGCAGGGAGGAGCAGGAUAAGUCCACUGAUGUGGUCACAGGGUCUACUCUUUCCUUUUUGACUAGUCUGCUUGCUCUUACUUUUGAAAUACUACCUGAAGUUCUACAUUAUCCUAUAGUGGUUAAGAUAGAGGAUCUUAAGCCUAGUGGUCUGACUCAGAUUAUUGAGGAUCUAACUUAG